ACCGUGCAGCUCGCCGGCCACCGCGCCUCGGGGCUCCUUUGGCCGCUGCUCCCGAGCUCAGUCUCCUGUGACGCCUGGUGGGGCCGAGCUGCUGCCGCGCCCUCCUCAGGGAGACGCACCUCGCCGGCCCGCAAGCCCUGCACGCCAACUUCUGCCCGGCGAGCCCAACUUCUGCGCGGGGUUCGGACUUGGCGGAUUCUGAGCGGCGCGUGGCGCGCAGUUCGGGCGGUGACCGGAGCGGCUUGGCCUCGCCGAGAUGACCUCGCGACUGUGGCUCUCGUGCUUCUGCGCUUGGGUGGCCGCCAGCUGGCCGCCAGGAAGCGCCCUACAGCUCCAACCGGGCAUGCCCAAUGUUUGUGAAGAACAGCUAGUGACGGUGGUGGGAGUCGUGCAUCCAUGUGUCCAGGCCUUCACUCACACUGUCAGACUCCGGAAACAAGGCUGUACUGGCCCACCGUGGUGCAUGGGUUAUGAAAGAAGGAUUCGGUACUACACCACCUACAGACAGGUGUACAACAUGGAGCGGCAGACAAUCUACAGGUGCUGCCCUGGUUGGAGCCGGUGGGAUGAUGAACCAGGUUGCCUCCACCCUGUCUCUGCUAUGGGAACUCAUUUCAAUGGUAGGAAAUGCUCAGAUAGUGAAGUCCAGCGUUGCGAAUGUUCUCAGGGAUUUCAUGGACCCCACUGUCAAUAUGAUAUAAAUGAAUGUGCUGUUGACAAUGGUGGCUGUCGGGACCAGUGCUGUAAUACGAUUGGCAGUUAUUAUUGCAAAUGUCAAGCUGGCCAGCAGCUGGAGGAAGAUGGCAGAGGAUGUGAAGAUGUCAAUGAAUGUGCGGUGGUGAAUGGAGGCUGCCAGCAGAGCUGUAUUAACACUCUGGGCACCUUCCACUGUGAAUGUGAUACGGGAUACAGACUCCACGCUGAUGCACGCACCUGCAUAAAGAUGGACCCCUGCAUAGGUGGGAAUGGAUGUGCUCACAUGUGUCAUAGUGAGAAUGGAGUGGCCAGGUGUGCCUGCCACCCAGGGUACCAGCUGUCUGAAGACAAAAAGGCCUGUGCAGAUAUAAAUGAGUGCACCAAAGGGCUUGCUCACUGUGGUCAUCGCUGUGUGAACUCAGUGGGGUCUUUCACCUGCGCCUGCCAUCCUGGCUUUGAGCUGGGAGCUGAUGGACAGCAAUGUUACAGGAUUGAAUUGGAAAUUGUCAAUAGCUGUGAAAAGAACAAUGGUGGUUGUUCCCAUCACUGUGAACAUGCAGUUGGUGGGCCCCUUUGUUCCUGUAACCAUGGACACUAGCUUGAUUCGGAUGAGAAAACGUGCAUAGACCUUGAUGAGUGCGAGAAUGGAGAGGCCUGCUGUUCCCAGCUCUGCAUCAACUAUCUAGGAGGCUAUGAGUGCAGUUGUCAGGAAGGCUUUCAGAUCAGUUCCGAUGGUUGUGGAUGUGAUGAUGUGGAUGAGUGUUUGGAUGUCAGCACAGUCUGUGACCAGCUCUGUAUCAAUUCUGUGGGAACCUAUGACUGCAUCUGUGCAGGAGGCUACAGAAUUGGAAGUGACAGGAGAACUUGCAUCUCUUUAGAUGAUGAUGAACUGGAGGGUGAAGAAGAGGAAUUAGAAGUUGUGAGGUUUCCAGGACUUCUACUCCAGAGCCUGCCUCAGCUGGGUCAUUAUGUUGCUACCUCCCCGGCUGCUUCUAAUGAAGAUGAAGAAGAUGAGGGAGAAGAGGAAAAGGAUUUCCAGGAAAUAACUGCUGUGCACAAAGACGCUUGUGCCCCAGAGAUGGAUGGGAAAGAAUGUGACAGCAUCUGCAAGUGUCAGAAUGGAGGCACCUGUGACCUUCUGACUGGACAGUGCCGGUGCCCACCUGGGGUUCAUGGGAAGAUUUGCGAAGAUGGAUGCCCAAAAGGGUUCUUUGGUAAAAACUGCAAGAGGAAAUGUAACUGUGCCAACAAUGGACAUUGCCACAGGAUGUAUGGUGCCUGUAUGUGUGAACCAGGGCGCUAUGGGAGAUUCUGUCAUCUGAACUGUCCCAAGGGGGCCUUUGGAGCUGGCUGCUCUCUGGAAUGUCAGUGUGUGGAGGAGAACACCCUGGAAUGCAGUGCCAAAAAUGGUACUUGCACCUGCAAAUCUGGUUACCAAGGCAACAGAUGCCAGAAAGAGCUGGCCCCUUCUUCCUUUCCCUACUGGAGAAGUCAUGCCCUGGAAGCCAAUGCACAAGGAGAUAAUACCAUAUCCACACACCUGGACUGCCCCGAUGGCCUCUGGGGAACAGAAUGCAGGUUCUCCUGUGGACCCUGUGAGAAUGGAGGUCAGUGCGACAAAGAAACUGGAAACUGUGCCUGUGCUCCUGGUUACACGGGAAAAUCCUGCGCAAUGCUUUGUCCACCAGGCACAUAUGGGAAGGACUGUAACCAGGUAUGUCAGUGUUCAGCGGAGAAUGAGGACUGUCACCCAGUCACAGGGAGAUGUACCUGUCUGCCUGGCUACCAUGGAAACCACUGUCAUCUCCGGUGCCCAAAAGGCACUUACGGCCCAUAUUGCCAAAUGACAUGCAAGUGCUUGAAUGGUGGUAGCUGUGAUACCAUGAUUGGCACCUGUCACUGCCCUCCUGGCUUCAUCGGAGCAGACUGCAGUCAAACUUGUCCUGAAGAUCACUAUGGGCAGGAUUGUAUCAAACGGUGUUCCUGUGGCACAGGACAGUGUGACCCAGUGACUGGAGGGUGCCAGUGUCCCCCUGGCCAAAUGGGAGUCAGGUGUCAGCAAGGGUGUCCCCAGAAAAGAUAUGGCACAAAUUGUGAAUUAAAAUGUACCUGUAAAAAUGGUGGACUUUGCAAUUCCAUGGAUGGAAGCUGUACCUGUGGCCUUGGGUGGACAGGAAAUUAUUGUGAAAAAGGCAAGUUGAGCUUUCAGUUUCUAGGCACUACUCACCUCUGGGGCCUUGAGGCAGCCAGGGUAGAGGAUGGGUGGCCUGAAAGGAACCAGUUCUCAUUAAUAAUGGACCCACAUGGUAUAGAAAAGAACACCCUGCAAUUUGAAUGGAUAAAUAUAGAUGCUAACUACCGCUCUGCUAAUGCCAUACUGGCUGUCUUUGGGUAG